UUCAGCAGUAUUACUCGGCCUUGUAGCGGUCUCACGACUGAAAGUGUUUUAUUUUCAAAAAGAAAAGCUGUUAGUAUGGAUGGCAUCAACGAGAAUAUUUUUAAAUAUGUUCAAGAAGGCAUGCUGGAGGCAUUGAAGAAGUGUAUUGAUCAAUGUCAUUUCAAUUUUGUAUGGACUGAUUGCAUUCAGGCAAAAUCAAAGGAUACCUGUCUGCACCUUGCAGCAAGGGAAGGACAUGCUGAAAUCCUCAGGCUGCAGGGUGUGCUUGGAAAUGGGAAACAAGGAUGGAAAACGCCCAAUUCAUGAGGCAGCCCACUUCUCGCAGCUGGAGUGUCUUGAAGUUCUCAUAAAAGCAGGCUGUGACGUGAACGCGCUGAAGCGGGCCGACUGGACGCCGCUGAUGCUAGCCAGCACGCGACCCGACGAGCCGUGCGUGGCGGCGCUGCUGGGUGCCGGCGCCCUGCCGCUGUUGGCCAACAAGGACGGCUGGACGGCCGCCCAGCUUGCGGCGCGCGCCGGCCACCUGGCCGUGCUGGAGCGACUGUUGGCCGCCGAACCGCGCCUGCUGGACAGCCGGAGUCGCACCGGCCGCACGCUGCUUCACACCGCCGGUGAGGCGCGCCUCGGGGAGCGUGCGGCGCGCUCGUGA